AUAACUAUUUCAGGAAAGCUGAGUUUAAUAGGAUUGUUUUAACUGAACACCAGAAAGCUAAAGAAUAAAAUCUUUGGAAUCCUUUGAGACCAAGAUGACAGCAAACUACACACACAAAAAGCCAAUGAAGAUUAGUUCAUACAUAUUUAAAUGUAUACAUUCAAACUGACUGUUUAAUCGGCCCCUCUUGGCUCUUGACAAACAGUAAAGUUGACACCUCCACACUGGAACAGGUUUUGAACUGUAAGAUGACUUGUUGAGGGCGGGAUAAGAUUAUAACAAAACCCGAUAAGAGAUGAAAUGAUCAGUUUGCAGUGUGCACUUUGGAAUUGUAACCAAAACACACAACAUUUUUGAGAUGAACAGACAAAGACGCAAAGUAGAAAAGCAGAAGGCGGCUGAGGACAGAGGACAGUGGGCAUCCAAAACCGAGUAUGUUCUGGUCGUUGCAGGAUAUGUGGUCGGCCUGGGCAACGUGUGGAGAUUUCCUUACCUCUGCUACAAGAAUGGUGGAGGUGCCUUCCUGGUGCCAUAUGGUCUGUUAGCUGUGUUUUGUGGGAUACCUCUGUUCCUGUUGGAGACUUCAGUCGGUCAGUGCACCCAGGAAGGAUUCAUCACCUGCUGGAGGAAGUUGUGUCCACUGGCACAAGGAAUUGGAUGCGCAUAUUUGAUGACGAAACUUUAUGACUUCACCUACAUUAUCGUUGAAGUCUGGGCUCUUUUCUACCUGGUUUUCUCAUUCAGUGCCCAGCUCCCCUGGGCCACCUGUGAGAACACCUGGAAUACAGCUAACUGUGUGGGUCUUCAGAUUUCGGAUUCUCCCUCAGCAAAUCUGACAGGAAAUCAGACCAAGCUGCAAAACACCACUUCUGCUGCUACAGAGUUCUGGGAACGACGGGUGCUGGGCGUGUCUGGAGGCAUCGAGGAGCUGGGCAGUGUGAGAUGGGAGCUGGCUUUGUGUCUUCUGGCCUGCUGGGUGUUCUGCUACUUCAGUAUCUGGAAAGGCGUCAGAUCUUCUGGAAAGGUGGCGUACUUCACAGCCACGUUCCCCUAUGUGAUGCUCCUGAUCCUACUCAUCAGAGGCUUGACUCUACCAGGAGCUUGGGAAGGGAUCUACUACUACCUGUAUCCAGACCUGAACCGCCUGGCGAACCAUCAGGUCUGGAUAGAAGCAGGAGCUCAAAUAUUAUUCUCCUACAGCCUGGCCGCAGGCACUUUAAUUGUCAUGAGCAGCUAUAAUGACUACAGCAACAACUGUUACAAGGACUGUUUCUGGCUCUGUCUGCUGAACAGUGGGACCAGUUUUGUUGCUGGAUUUGUCGUCUUCUCAGUACUUGGAUUCAUGGCUCAGAAACAGGGUGUUGCUGUCGACACUGUGGCUGAGUCAGGUCCUGGUUUGGCCUUCAUUGCUUACCCUCAGGCAACAGCCUUGAUGCUUUUGCCACAGUUCUGGACUGUCUGCUUCUUCCUGAUGCUUCUUCUACUGGCUGCUGAUACACAUUUUGUAAUGGUGGAGAGUUUAAUCACCACAGUGAGUGAUUUGUUUCCGAAGUUGUUUCGUGCACCAGUGAGACACGAGAUCUUCGUCCUCAUCAUCUGCAUAUCCAACUUCCUCGUACAUCUCAUCUUGGUUACAGAGGGGGGAAUUUACUUAUUCCAACUCGUUGACUUCUAUGGCUCCACCAGAGCCUGUCAGAAUUUUAUGGCAAUUUGUGAAUGUCUGGCUGUGGGUUGGAUUUUUGGUGCUGACCGCUUUUGUAACAUCAUCGAGGACAUGACAGGACAGAGACCAUCUGUUUUAUUCAAAGUGUGUUGGAAAUACACCGUUCCUCUGCUGUCACUGAUUUCCUUCAUCCUGUACCUGGUUGAUUACAAACAUCUCAGGAUUAAUGACUGGUACGUUUACCCUGACUGGGCGUACGCACUGGGAUGGACUAUGACACUUUCCUCUGUUCUCCUGGUGCCACUGUGUGCCGCUGUACAGAUGAUUUUGACAGCAGGGACCUUCAGACAGCGUUUGUCUGUCCUUUGUCGUCCUGGUGGAGAUCCAGCCUGGCAGAGAAGAACAAUGGAAGAGGAGGGAACGACUGUUGAACUGGUGAACCCUGCAGUGACAACUGAGUGACCUGCAACAUCUAACUCAACAUUUCAGCUAUCAUAUAAGUAAUUUAAAUGACAAAGCCCAAACAGUGACGUUUCUGUAUUGUUUUAAUUUAACCUGUAACUCAAGCUGCUGCCCCCGCCUCCGAUGAAGCGGAAGAAAAUAGAUGGAUGGAUG